UAAAAUUGACAAGAGGUAAUCUGAGAAGUGAUAUAAAUCGAAUGGCCAUAAAUUCUGUCAUAUGAUUCACAACUUUAAUACCAAGAAUGAUAACAAUCUGGUUCCACCUUUUACAUUAUGAAAUUUUUAUAUAGAGUCCAUAGGAUCCCAUACAAGCAAUCCAUCAUUUAACAUAGGUUAGCAAUUAUCAUCAUAAGGUUCAAAUCCAAGAAAUUGACAACUCAAGCAUUUUUUCUGUUUAUAAUCACAAACAAUUCUACAAAACAAAUUUGCAUUUAUAACAUCCAUCAAAGUCAAAGAAGUUAGUAUCAUCACGCUCUUCAAUUCCAACUCUUAUCCCAUCUCCUCAAACUUCCUUUCACGGCUAAGGUUUAGAUGAAAUAUCUAUUUAUCAUCCCAAAGUGGCACUAUUAACAUUAUUAUUUACAAUUAAAUAUCCGUCAAAUUAAUGUCGUUUCCAUAUUGACAUUUUUCAUCACAAAGUUAUCAAUCCGUCUCUAUCUGGACAAGGUAGAAUAGUGUUUAUGUCGUAAGUCUAAUAGUUAUUUGGACAUAGAAUUAAAAAUUAUAACAUUAAUCAUCUAUAAUGUUAUUACCAUCAUCACUUUACUCAUAUGCAACAACUUACAGAUCCCCAAAAAUGGAAUAAAUGAUUAUUUAGCUAAAUAUUCAAUAGAAUAAGUUAAUAUGACUGCAUAAGAUAUAUUGAGUAUUCUUGUUUCUAGAUUUGUUAGAAAAAAAAAUAAAUAUCAAAUGAAAUAUAUUAAAUGUAAGGCUUAAGAUGAUGAAUCAAAUUUAUUGGCUUACAUAUGUGAUGUUAAUACUAUUAUGAAAGAAGAAAAUAAUAAUGUUGUUGUAAUGUUGGGUUUUCUAUUUAGAUUAUUUGAUCAUUUAUGCAUUUAACUUGGAGUGUAAAAAAUAGGAUACAUCUAUGGCAGCUAUAGGAAUAAAAGCUUGUGA